AUGUAUUGUGGAAGUAAACAUGAAGCUAGCAAACUCAAGUGCCCAGCCUAUGGAGAAACAUGCCACAAAUGUAAAAAGAAGGACCACUUUAAAGCCAUGUGUGGACAACACUCAAAGUCAACGCAGAAUUCUGGACGGAAACCAGGUAAAUACAACAGAAAAUUGCAUCAAGUUACUGAUAAGGACUCGGACUCUGACUCUAAUGAAAACUACUAUGACACAAUCCGAAGUGUCACGUCUGAACCAAAGAAACAUGUUUAUGCAACUAUGAAUAUCGGCAAAACACCCAUAAAGUUUCAAGUCGACAGCGGCGCAAGUUGCAACGUUAUUCCGAUAAGCAAGCUAGAUGAGAGCGGAUCCCACUACAAACUCACCAAGUCAACAACUGUUCUAACUACAUACGACAAGUCACGGAUCCAGCCCCUAGGAAAAACAAGUCUGAAACUUGUAAAUCCCAAAACCAAGGAACUCUAUGACACUGAAUUCAUUGUAGUGAAGCAGGACACAACACCAAUACUGGGGAGUCAGACCAUCCAAAGGAUGAAACUAAUAACUAUUCAUUAUGACAACAUUCUAACUGUUACUGAGGAAACAUUAACAGAAGAGUAUGUUUUCAGCCAAUACAAAGAUGUGUUCGAUGGUACAGGAUGCUUAGCAGGGACAUAUUCACUCCAAACUGAUCCCUCGAUAAAACCUGUAGUCCAUCCGCCAGGGAAAAUUCCAGUAGCUCUGAGGGACAAGCUCAAGACACAACUGGAACGGCUUACAGAGAAGGAAAUAAUUACCCCUGUUACCGAACCAACACCGUGGGUAAACAAUCUCGUAAUUGUGGAGAAGCCUAACAAAUUAAGGAUUUGUCUCGACCCUCGUGAUCUGAAUGGGGCCAUUCAGCGCAGCCAUUACCCAAUGCCCACAGUUGAGGAACUCUUACCAGACUUGAACAAAGCGAAGGUAUUUUCUGUUGCCGAUGCCAAAACUGGAUUCUGGCAUGUUAAACUUGACAAGGCCAGUUCAAUGCUAACAACCUUCAACACACCGCAUGGUCGCUAUCGAUGGCUUCGAAUGCCAUUUGGACUAAACUCAGCGCCAGAGGAAUUUCAGCGGCGACAAAAUCAGACUGUAGAAGGACUGCGUGGAGUACGUUGUGUACAUGAUGAUAUUCUGAUCUUUGAAGAAGGCUCGACUGACGAGGAAGCUUAUCGAGGUCAUGACCGUAAUUUCCGAGCACUUAUGGAACGCUGUUGGGAAAAGAAUCUGAAACUAAACAAGGAGAAACUGAAGUUUAGACUCAAAGAAGUUCGGUUCGUGGGACAUCUACUGACCAGCAGUGGAGUUCGUGCUGACCCAGACAAGGUAAAGGCCGUGAAAAAUAUGCCCACACCCACUGAUGUGUCAGCUGUACGACGAUUUGUAGAAUGGAGCUGGCUUGAAGCCCAUGAUAAAGCCAUACAAGAGAUCAAGACACUAGUUUGUAAAAGUCUUGACUUGAAAUACUAUGAUCAUAAAGAGGAAUUGACACUCCAAUGUGAUGCUUCGCUAACAGGAUUAGGAGAGAGUCUAUUGCAAAAUGGACAACCAAUAGCCUUUGCAAGCAGAGCUCUCACGGAUGCAGAGACUCGUUACACUCAAAUAGAGACUCAAAUCGAGAAGGAGAUGCUAGCAAUUGUAUUUGGCUUAGAACGUUUUCACCAGUACACCUAUGGACGCUUAGUACAUGUGGAAAGUGAUCAUAAGCCUCUAGAAUCUAUCGUGAAGAAAUCACUAUUAGCAGCACCCAGACGUCUUCAACGAAUGCUGCUCCGGUUACAGCAGUAUGAGUUCACAAUUUCUUAUAAACCAGGAAAGACUAUGUAUCUUGCAGAUACAUUAAGCCGAGCUUACCUUAAUGAAACAGGGACAACGAGCUUCGAAAGGGACUUAGAAAUUGUAAACAUGGUGCAGUACUUACCCAUGACUGAUGUUAGACUUUCCGAGAUUCGCAAGCACAGCUAUCAGGAUGAGUCAUUACAAGUUCUCAUGGACGUCAUACUUCAUGGUUGGCCUCAGAAGCGAGAAGAAGUCCCUCACCUUGCAAGACCAUACUUCGAUUUCAGAGAUGAGCUGAGUGUUCAGGAUGGAAUUCUAUCUAGGGGUGAGCGUGCAAUAAUCCCUAAAGCAAUCCGCUUGGAUAUGAUGCAGCGAAUACAUUCCUCGCACUUGGGAAUUGGAGGAUGUCUUCGCCGAGCAAAGGAGUACGUUUUCUGGCCCGGAAUGCACUCUGAAAUUUCUCAGUACAUACAAAGUUGUGAAACUUGCCAGAUGUUUGAAACCAAACAACAAAAGGAAACCCUGAUACCUCAUGAUGUUCCAGACAGACCUUGGACGAAGGUUGGAACUGAUCUGUGCUCAUUUGCUGGAAAUGACUAUUUAGUGACUGUUGAAUAUUUUUCAAAUUUUUGGGAAAUAGAUUUCUUGGAGAACACAAAACCUACUACAGUGAUCAGGAAAUUGAGGAAUCAUUUUGCUCGCUACGGAAUCCCACACAUUGUCAUUUCAGAUAAUGGCCCUCAUUUCAGCUGCAAGGAAUUUGCUACAUUCGCAUUAGAAUACGAAUUCCAACACAUCACGUCAUCACCAAACUAUCAGCAAAGUAACGGGAAGGUAGAACAGGCUGUGAAAUCUGCAAAGCGUAUAAUGAAACGAGCUCGCAACUCUCAACAGGAUGGCUACCUCAGCAUUCUUGACUUUUGA